UGAUCCCGGAAGUAAUUGAAGCAAACUUACACCAACACUUUUAUUGGUUUAUCAACUUGGCUCCCCAGGUUAUUGAGUCACCUUACGUAAUGUUUAAAGUUGCGCGUGAUUAUAAUGUGUUUAUGGCUUCAUUGACGUUUCUGUGUUAGUUUUUAUUUGUCCUCCUAUCGAAUUUUCAAGGCGGAAAUUAAACAAGUCCGGAGUGCACCAUGCCCGCUUCAAGCAGCAGCUACAAACCUGUGAGCCAUGUCAUUUUUGACAUGGACGGAUUAUUGCUGGACACAGAGCGACUUUACACAGUGUCCUUCCAGGAAAUCUGUGACCGCUUUGGAAAGCUGUACACAUGGGAUGUGAAGUCAUCUGUGAUGGGUAAAAAGGCUCUGGAUGCUGCCCAGAUAAUCCGGGAUGUUCUAGAGCUUCCUAUGACGGCUGAGGAGCUGCUCGCUGAAAGCAUGCAGAUACAGGAGAAGAUAUUUCCUUCUGCCAAACUCAUGCCAGGUGUGGAGAAACUUGUAAAGCAUCUCCAGAAGCACCGCAUCCCCAGUGCGGUGGCAACCAGCUCGGCUGGAGUGACGUUCGACCUGAAAACCAGCCAGCACAAAGACUUCUUCAGUCUGUUUGAGCACAUCGUUCUGGGCGAUGAUCCUGCUGUGAAGAAUAGUAAACCUCAGCCGGAUUCCUUCCUGGUGUGUGCCAGCAGAUUCAACCCCCCUGUGUCUCCAGAGAAGUGUUUGGUGUUCGAAGACGCUCCCAAUGGUGUAAAGGCAGCCCUGGCUGCAGGAAUGCAGGUGGUGAUGAUUCCUGAUGAGAACCUGGACCCCGGCCUGACCCAGGAGGCCACGCUGCGACUCGGGAGCAUGGAGGAGUUUGAGCCGCAGCUUUUCGGCCUUCCUGCGUAUGACUAACCAAAGCUAAAACCACAGUUUUUUUCUAUGAAGGAAAACUAAUGGUUUAUGAAAAUAAAAUCCUACUGAUUGUU